GCGCAUGGGAAAAAAAAGUAAAAAAGAAAAAAAAGUAAAAUGGUUGAAAAUCGGGUGAAGUGGAUUUUGAUAUUGAAUUUCUGCAAGUUUUUUAGCGUCUAAGUGUGUGUCGAAGCAGUGAAAAUGGAUAAUUAUGAGUCAGUGAAGAAGUCAAUAUUGACACCAGAAUUGUACUUUUUAAUCUCGAAAUUCCUCUCCGUGAGUCCGCUGCAGGACACGAAAAAGGUCUUGGUGGCCGAGUUGGAACGCCAUAAGAUCCUUCCCAAGAGGAUUGACUGGACUGGCCAGGAGCACGAUCAGUCGUUUGCGGAAUUGGAGAAAAAAUAUUCACACAUUGGGCCCCAUCAUCUACUGGAAAUUUGUGCUCGUAUCGGUCCCAUUCUCGACAAAGAACUAUGUCCGAGUGUACCGAAUAUACUGUCCCUUUUGGGUGCUGGACGGCAGAGUCUUCUACGCACAUCAGAGAGUAUCUCUCGUCCCAGAGGAAUUCUCGAGUACUGCACACGUUUGCACGGGAUGCCCCUGUCGGAUCCGAUAAACCGCAAAAAUUCCCACAAUAUUGUUCGUGUUCUUCAUGGCAGAGAGCAAGCGGGUCCGAUAAUCCGUCGUUUAGCAAUUCAACCGAAUUUCUAUGAGAAGCAAUCCCUCCUGCGACGAACACUCGGCCACUUAUCGGCUGUUUAUUGUGUUUUGUUCGAUAGAACAGGAAGGUACAUCUUGACGGGAGCAGAUGAUCUCCUUGUGAAACUAUGGAGCGCCAUAGAUGGGCGUUUGUUGUCCACAUUCCGUGGGGCAUCGGCGGAAAUAACGGAUAUUGCCAUCAAUUUGGACAACACCCUCUUGGCAGCUGGUUCCCUGGACAGGAUACUCCGUGUGUGGGAUCUACAAACAACAGCCCCCAUUGCUGUGCUCACAAGUCACACGGGCAUGAUAACAUCGGUGAAUUUCUGCCCAUCACCCCGCGGGGAUUUGCGGUAUUUGGUCACAACGAGUACAGAUGGAUCUGUGGCAUUCUGGCAGUACACCAUCACGCGCGGGAAGACGGCAUUUGCCUCGAAACCCAUUCAGUACCAUGAGAAACUCCGUCCGGGGCAGGCACAGAUGAUUUGUGCUGCAUUCUCACCGGGUGGAAUGUUCCUGGCUGCUGGUUCUGCUGAUCACUACGUUCGGGUGUACUUGAUGUCGGAGGAUGGACCAAAGAGAAUUCUGGAAACGGAAGCACACACGGAUACCGUUGAUUCCAUCCAAUGGGCACACAAUGGACUGAGAUUCAUAUCAGGCAGCAAAGAUGGGACGGCACAUGUGUGGCAUUUUGAAUCUCAACAGUGGAAAUCACUUAAGCUCAAUAUGACCGAUAGACUGUCUUCAUGCCCCGAGCCAGAGGAGGAUGGGAAGAAGAUUAAGGUUACCAUGGUGUCGUGGGACUUUUCGGAUAAUUGGGUAAUGACGGCCGUGAAUGAUUUUACAAUAAAAGUCUGGCACACAAAGACCGGGAAGCUUCAUCGUGUCCUCCGUGGGCAUUCAGAUGAGCUGUAUGUGCUCGAGAGUCAUCCAAAAGAUCCAAAUGUCCUCCUAUCAGCUGGGCAUGAUGGACAAAUAUUCCUCUGGGACAUCUACAAGGGGAUAGCAAUUGCAAAUUUUGUAAAUCACAUCGAAGGGCAAGGGCACGGUGGGGUGUUUGAUGCCAAAUGGUCACCAGAUGGAACAAUGAUUGCUGCUACGGAUUCGCACGGUCACAUCCUCAUGUUUGGCUUCGGUUCGGGUCAUGAAAGACUCAAAAUUCUUCCCACUGAACUCUUCUUCCACACGGACUACCGUCCACUCGUGCGAGAUGUCAAUCACCAUGUUAUGGAUGAACAAACACAGACUAUGCCCCAUCUUAUGCCACCACCCUUCCUUGUUGACGUCGAUGGGAAUCCGCAUCAUCCAUCGUUGCAGCGUCUUGUGCCAGGACGUGAGAAUUGCCCAACAGAUCAGCUAAUUCCAAAUAUUGGUGUUGGCGGGGAUGGAAAUGUGGAAGUAAUGGGAGAUAGUAUUCGAUCGGAUAUUGAUCGUCUAAUUGAAGCACUGGCCAAUCGUCAGGGACAGGAAGUGGUGCCGGAGGUGAAUAUGGAGCGUGACAAUCAGCAGGCAAAUAAUAUGCGUGCUAUGAACUCCCCACGGGCUGCUGUAGUCCUCAAUCGUGUUGGUUUGCGCCGAAGUGGGGAUGUUGAGGGUGUUCGACAGAGCAGCGGCAAUUGGCAGAGGGAUGGUGCCUUCAAAUUUAUGUCUCGCCUCUACAUACGCCCCAUGAAAUAUUCUCAGUUGCAGACACUGAGGCAGGGCAUCCACACAGCGGGUUUGCAGGAAUUGGAGAUAUACCGGAGGGAGAUGCGUCGUCGCCCCUUAAUGAUAAAUACAUCAAAUUUAUCAACUUUGGUAUCAAAUCCCCCGGGAAGACCUCGUGGACGCAAUACGAGACGUCCUGCACCACCACCGGCCUACAGAACACGUGCUGUAAGGGAGCGAGAACCUGUGAUUGUGGAAGAGGAGGAAGAUGAUCCGGAUCAUAUUGAAUCAGCCAGCAAUACUUCGGGUGAUAGUAGUGAUUCGACAGCUGUGGAGGAAGAUUUGGUACUUGAUGCAAGUAGUAGUUCGGAAACGGAGAGCUCCGACUACUCAGAUUGGAUUGCUGACCAACCGGGGCCAAAUUUGGUUCCACCGAAGCGCUCAAAGAGGAAGCCAGUUGAGAGAAGAGCGUACUCACCGGCAAAUGAGGAUGAGGCUGAUCGACGCAAAGGGCGGAAGAAGAAGCUGCCGAUUCCCACGGAGAAUGGAAUGGAGAUUCCAGAAACAUUCCGACCACCUGAAUGGCUGUCGGAAGUGAUUCCACGCAAAGCUCCGUACUAUCCACAAAUGGGUGAUGAAGUUGUCUACCUUCGGCAGGGACAUCAGCGCUAUUUGGAUGCGGUGCGUGCGAAGAAGGUGUACAAGUUGAAUAAUAAUUGCGAACCGUGGCAGCAGAUUGCCAUGCGGGAUCAUGAAAUGGUUAAAGUGAUUGGGAUUAAGUAUGAAAUACGUCCACCGCGGCUUUGUUGCCUCAAAUUGGGCAUCAUCACGAAUGAUGGGCAACUCACGGGGACGACGUUCACAAUUAAAUAUCACGAUAUGCCCGAUGUGUUGGAUUUCUUGGUUCUCCGGCAGACUUUUGACACAGCUGUGUCGCGCAAUUGGAGCCCGGGAGACAGAUUUCGAUGCAUGAUUGACGAUGGUUGGUGGAUGGGACAAAUUGAAUCACGCACCGCACUCUCCAGCGACUUCCCGAACUCCCUCUUUAUGUGCUUCCGCGUACGAUGGGACAAUGGGGAGUAUGAGUACAUGAGCCCAUGGGAUAUGGAGCCAAUUGAUGAGAAUCGUCUCCCAACGGAGGUUGGGGGAGCUGUUUCAGUUCUCCCCGAAGAACUUCGUGCAACGCUGUACCAGCCAAAAGCCGAAGAAUGGCCUCGUGGGGAUCGUGAUGCAUCCUGUCGGAGGAUUAUAGCUGGACUCGAACAAGUGAUGGGACUUGCAAUUGCGGAUCUCUUCCUUGCUCCGGUUGAUCUGAAUAUCUAUCCAGCGUAUGCAUUUGUUGUGGAGUACCCAAUUGAUUUGUCAACGAUUAAAGCAAGAUUCGAGAAUCACUUCUACCGACGUAUUACAAGUGCGCAAUUUGACGUGAGAUAUUUGGCAACAAAUGCUGAGAAAUUCAAUCAACCCCACAGCAAUAUUGUUAAACAUGCGAGAAUUGUUACAGAUCUCUGCUUGAGGAUUAUAAGAGAUUUGAAUGAUAUUGACGUUGGGGCUGUUUAUCAUCAACUCAUGGAUACGUACAUCUCAUCGGAUUCAGAUGCAGAGAACCCCAGGCCAUCCACAAGUUCAGCCCCAACACGCUCAGUGGGAACAAGAAGAAGUCAACGUCUUGGGGCACCAAAUGAUUGGCAGGCUGAAUGCCGUGAAUUGUUGGAGCUUCUGUGGCAGUGUGAUGAUUCAACACCUUUCCGGGAGCCUGUGGACAUUAUUGAGCAUCCGGAUUACAAUCAAAUUGUCGACACACCAAUGGAUUUGAGGACAAUCCAAGAGGAUCUUCGUGGUUCAAACUACGCCACCCCCAUGGACUUUGCCAAAGAUGUCCGUUUGAUAUUCCAAAAUUCACGAAACUACAACACCAAUAAGCGAUCAAGGAUAUAUUCAAUGACAUUGCGACUGAGUACGCUCUUUGAGACGCAUAUAAAGCAGAUUCUGUACAAUUGGAAGGCAUCGAGGAGACGUACAAAUCAGCGUGAUAGACGGAAUCAGCCGGUGGACCCCAAUGAACCGGGUACGUCGAAGAUGCUGACACGUGCAACGAGUGGAGCUGCUGGGAGGAGGGUGCAGCAUAGCUCAGAUGGAAGUGAUGAUGAUGAUGUGGAUUUGAGUCAACUCCGACGGACACGUAGCAAUGGGCGGGUGAUGCGACGCGUCCCAACGGGAUUGUCAAAUGGGGUGUCGUCGGUGAAUGAACCUGUGCCAGGUCCGAGUACUGCCAUAGCUGGACCAUCGAGAAGUCGACGGGGUAAUACGAAUCUCCGGAAUGGUGGUGCCGAAUCAUCCGAAGCGAGUAGCUCAAGUUCGAGUUCGAGUGAUAAUGACGAUGGCGAUAGCGAUGAGAGUGCAGGUAUCCCGCUAUCUGCCCUCGGGGUGAGCUCCAAGCAGCGUGGGAGUCAGAAGAAUAAAAUUUACGAUUCGGAAGAUAGUUACAAGCCAAAUCGUCGGGGGAAGCAAAAGCAAGGGCGCAAGAGGAAGCUGAAGCAAAAGCAGCGUGGACUUAGUAGUAGUCAGGGAAGCCCGAGGAAGAGUAGUGGAGCGAAACGAUCAAAGGCAACAACAAGUAGACGCCUAGCCACGGAGCAUGAUCACAACUAUGAUGAUGCUGCGGGAAAUAGUGUGGAUGAUGACGAUGAUGAACCGGUGCAGUCGCGAAAGAGAGCAAGAACAAAUGGAAAUUCUACGAGUCAACCUCCAGCGGGGGCGGCGGCACACUAUACGCGAAGUAAUCGUCAAUUGUUGCGCCGUACGGAUGACAGUGAGGACUCAGAUGUGUCAUACAAAGUGCAGAAGCGACGUGUGAGGUAUGAAUCGGAUCAUAGCUAUCAUUUGGAGACAACACGACGCAGGGGGGUUGUGCUAGAAUCGGAUACUGACAACGAAAUUACCAGAUCAACGAGGAGUAGCAUUAAGAAGGCACAAGUUGAAUGGACGCAGGAUGAGGAGGAAGAUGAUGAGGAGGAGGAAGAGCAAGCUGAGGAAGAAGCAGAAGAUGAUGUUAAUGUGGAGGAGGAGGAUGAUGAUGAAGAGGAGAUUGUGGAGAGGAAAUACCGAAGGAGGAGAGCACGUGUCCGGCAGAGUGAUUCGGACAAUAGUCAGACGGAUAAUCAGAAUCAGAAUAGCAAUAGUCGAUCGUCCUACAGAUCAUUGCGGACGAGAAGACCAAGGAUGUCACUGCCUGAGGAUCCCGAUCCGGAGAUUGACAGCGAUGAUCAACCAUUGAGUCAGCAGAGUAUGAUGAGUACCCACCGCACUCGAUCAGGGACCCGUAUUCAGGCCACGGAUUCUUCAUCAAUAAAUGGCUCAUCGAUGGGAAAUCCCACCUUGAAUCGCUUUAGAAGACGUUUUGCCACUACAACCACCACGACGACGACAACAACAGGAACAACAACAAGGAAUCAGAGUACAGAGGUAUCAACGCAAUUAGCAAUGCCACCAGCACCACAUGAAAUUGAUCACAAUUACGGGGAGAGGGAGCAUAUGGGGACACGACGGAGGCAUGUUUCCAUGUUGUCGCGCCAUCAGAGGAAUGCGGAUGAAUUGGAUCCGCAGCAGGAGAAUGACAAUGCCACCCAAUCGGGCCCCAUUUCGUCCACAUCAUCCAUAUCGCGUCUUCGUGUAAGGUCAAAUGUGAAUGGUGAUGGUGGUGGUGGCGGUAGUACAGUGUCACGAGCAACGUCAACAACAUCACAAAUUAGUAUGAGACGUGCCGUACGUGGGCGAAUGCGGCAGGAUGAUGCAAAUACGCCGGGUGAUGAGUCAGACCCAGAAGACAAUACACCUCUAAUGUUUGUUGCAUCAUCCUCGAGGAAUACAAGGAGUGGCACUGCAGCCCAAAGAGAUAUCUCCGAUGAUGAACCUAUACCAGGCCCAUCGAGUUACAGUCGCAGAACAAGGAAGCUCCGACGGUUGCAGUACAAUGAGGACAGUGACUCCACAGAGGCACCCAGUGUGAGGAUGCGCACAAAGAGGCGCCUCAUGAGUGACAUGAGCUACUCACCCACACGCUCAAGUGGGAAUAAUCACAAUCAGAGUGGCAGGAAUGUGCUGGAGGAGCCGGAAAGCGAUAGUGGUGGUGAUCAGAAUACUGUCAGUAUUAGCAGCCGGGGGCGCAUUAGGAAGAUAACUGCCAAAGCGAGGGGCCUUUUCAGAGAAUAACAAGACAGACACUCAUUGUAUUAUUAUUAUGCUUGAGGAACAAAUUUCAAAGCUCUUUUCUUUUUUUAAUUAAAUUAAUUUAAAAUAAUUUACCCCCUCCCCAUGUCCUUGAAAUACACAAACUUGCGUUGCUUUCGAUUAAAAGGAAUAAAAAAAAGUAAAUGAAUAAAAUUAUAAAAGUGAAAUUCUUAUAAAAGUGAAUUUUAUGGUACUGUAUAAUGUAUUGAAGACUGACGUAUUUUCUGAUUUAUUCUUAAACAUUAUAUAAUUAUUAUUAUAAGUAUAUAAAUUACAUUAUGUAUACCAAUAUAAAAAAUAUAUUUAGUCCCUUUCCGCCCCCCUCAUCUUUGUGUAAACAUUUCAGAAAAUAAAGAAAAAAUGCAGAGUUUGAAA